UUAAAGUGAAAAAACAAUGGAAUUAGAUAUAUUAUACAAAAAGGGAGGCCCAUUAGUGGUUUUCUGGAGUUGGAACCUUUUUAUCUUUGCAGCAAAGUUGUAAUGCAGUUUGGUUGCAUCUGAAAGAAGAACAUGAUAGAAAGAAUUAAAGGAACAAGAAGAGAGAUCUGAUAAUGGCUUAGCAUACCUUCAAUACCUUAUGUACUUAACGCUUUAACCUUCAUCAUCACCUUUACACUAAGACCUUAAACAUCAUGGAGAAUUCAUGGAUUCUAUUUAUUUUCUUUAUCAUCAUACUGAUUCUUUUUAAUACUUCACAGGCCUUCAACUAUUUAAUAAAGUUUGUGUACUUAACAGUGAUAUACAUGAGCCUGGCUUUCUUUGUAAUACUGAUAAGCUUACCGAGGCCCCGUCAUCAUAGGAAUGGUUUUAUCACGGCAAAUAUCUUGCAUUGGGUUCAUAGAACGGUUGGAGUAGAGUUGAUCCUAGAGGGUGAGGAGCAUCUUAAACCUGAAGGAGGAGCCGUUGUUGUUCUUAAUCAUCAGUCUGUUAUUGACCUAAUGCCUAUUAUGGAACUUUGGAGAAGAAUUGGCAAAAUGGCUCCGAUCGCUAAAAAAUCUGUGUUAUACGCUGGUCCAGUUGGUAUAGCAAGCUGGUUUGUCGGAGUAGUAUUUAUCGACAGGAAUAGUAAAACAAGUCAUGCAGACGUGAAUAAUGCUGGUCAAUUGGCGAAGAAAAAUAAAACAAAACUGCUUGUAUUUCCAGAGGGAACUAGAAAUGGGGAUAAAAACCUCUCAAUGCGUCCCUUUAAGAAAGGGGCUUUUCAUGUUGCCUUGGACGGUGAAAUGCCAAUUAUUCCUGUAGUAGUUUCGGAGUAUAAUUUCUUGGACUGGAAAAAGAUGAUGUUUCGUCCAGGCCGAGCAAUUAUUCGAGUUUUACCGCCGAUUGACACUUCCGCGUACUCAAAGACGAAUAUAGAAGAUUUGGUUGAGAAGACUCGAUCACAAAUGCUAGAAACUCUUGCUGAGAUAUCCGAACCUGUCAAAUCGCGCUAAAUUGCGACCUGAUAAAAUUCCAUCCAGAUCAAAAUUUUUAGUUUUGAAUCAAUCAUCUUUAGAUUUUAUUUUAUAAGGAGAGUAUUUCUCGUUAUUAGCUUAAUUUAAAGUGACUGUUCACGUUAUUUCCUGUGAUCCUCCUCUAUAAAAGCCAGAUUCACAACAGUAUCCUUAAAACCUUGAAUGGUCUUACAAAAUAUUUUUGUUUUCUAUCUUGAAAUUAAGAUUCUUUUAUUUUCAAUUCGCUUUAUAGUGACAGAUUAGGAGAAGCCGCAAUUGAAAAUUAUCAAUUUUUAGAGAGAAAAGGGAUAUUUAUCUCCUUUAUGCUAAGAGUGUAAGGGGUACCAUCGUCAAUCGGCCAUGUUACUCUUGAAAUGGAGAUUACUUUGAAUUAACGUCUAUGUUUCCUUUAAGUAUUAGUUUAAUUGAAUGCUUGAUGAUAUUACUUGGUGACGAUUAUUUAUUAAAAAUUCUACUUUUCUAAUGAAUUUCAGA